GUUUGUCACGGUGAUAUUGUUUAUUUAAAAAAAAAAGGAAUUCUACGUUCCCCCAUUGAGCUUCUUUAAGUUAAAACGAGAUAAACCAAUUUACCCAUUAAUAAAUGGGUCAUUGAGAGAUGAGUUUUGAUUAAAAGUAAAUACUUUUCGUUCGAUAUCCAAAGAGGAGACAAGAGCUCGACGAAGAGUCAGAGUUCUCCUCCCGCUGUUCGAAGAACGGAAGGAGGUCACCCGGUCACCCAGAUGAGGUUCCUUGCCACGGCCAAUGGCGGGCCACUUCUACAUCCUCCAAGACAUCUCAACCAAUCCUGUUUGCCGAUUUUUAGAGGGGACCCAACGAUCGGUUGCCGAUCGUUGUUGAACGGCAUUGACUGCCCUUGCCUACAGAUUUAAAGCUAUUUCCUUGCUCAGGACAGGAUCUCUUCAGUUUCUACAACAUGGCCACGGUCAGGUCUACGAUCUUCCUAAUCUUCACCAGCCUCGCCGUUGCCUCGUCAGCUGGAUUGUUCGAGACUCUACUCUCUUGGGACCUGUCGGAUUCCGAAGCGAGAUCAACUCAGACCCAAUCAAAAUGUCUCUGUCAGACUUCCGGCUGUCUUUGCUGCGUCGACCUAAAUUUAACAGUGACAAUGGAUCUCGGUGGUCCUGUUUGUGUUAACAUCAGGCACAAGGAACAAAACGUAUCCUUGAAUCUGAGCUAUGGCGACAAUCCUGUACACAAUGCGACGAUAAAGAUCGUUGAUGCAGCUAAUAAACCAACUUGCAUGAAUCUUCUAUCGGAUUUGGCGCAGAUUUGUGCAAAAUUUACUUCCGUUAAAUCGGCCGAGCAUGGUCACGAUGGUUGUUUGGUGAUCGAACCGGCAUUAUUGGGUUCCCCGCAGGCCACCUAUCAUAUGGGCUGUUUUAAUUUUGAUCAGACGGUGCGACAAAUAGAAGUGUCCGCCAUCACAGAAACAACUGAGAGUACGGAUAAUACGGAUGACGAAGAGGACGAUGGUAUUAACACGGACGAGUUGAUCGCUGCAGUAUCAGCGAGCGCUGAACACGGACUCGCACUAUUUUCUCAAUGGUUAGGCUUGAACUUUAAUCCAAGAUUGAAUCUCACCAAUAAGAAUCAAAUACAAGAAGAACAAUCUCAACAACAAGAACAACAACAACAACAACAACAGCAACAAUUACAGCAACAGCAGCAGCAACAACAACAGCAGCAGCAGCAGCAGCAACAACAACGUCAAAUAGAAAAUAGUGAUCUACAAACAAGAACGGCUCGGAAUAUGAUGGACAUUCAGUCUGAUAAAAGUGACGAACGAUUCAAACAGCUUCUCAGCGCUCAGGAUAACGUUUUCAAGGAAUCUGCGAAAAUUGGAUUGGCAAAUGGUGCUCAAACGACCUUCGUUUAUUCCAGCCCAAUUGGUUUGCCUACAUUGGAAAAGGGUGUGAUAGAGAAAAAAGUAGAAGUCGAUACGAUCGACGAUACCUAUCAACGUUUGACUGUACCAAAGGAAUCAAGGCGAGGUGGUAGAGCUUAUAGCAUUCAUCAACACGUUAACGAGAUUUGAAAAAAAUGUUUUUAAUCGUUCGAUAGAGGUAGAAGUCGUCGAAUGGCUUUGGGUAGAGUUAAACUGGCGCAAUGUUAUUAAACUGUGUUAGUUUUUUUUUGCAGAGCUGAUCGAUGAGAGAACAAGUGGGUGGUUCUAUUUUUGAUUUCUUUUCUCUCUCUCUCUCUCUCUCUCUUUUUUUUUUUUUUUAAUUUUUUCUCCUUAUAAUCCGCAGUAAGAAAACGUAGUGUAAUCCAAAUAUCAUGGCGAUAUUAAUCGAGUCAUUGUUAUUUAGGAAUAGAUGUUAGAUUUUGUAGAAAUUAGUUUAAUAAUGUAUCAUGCGUUCUCUAUCUCUCUCUUUCUCUCUCUCUCUCUCUCUCUCUCUCUCUCUUUCUCUUAUCGUAGAGAUUCGUUGAGAACUACGAUCACCCGAUAAAGUUACCCUAUCAGAAAUAAUUUUUCUUAAUUAAACGAUUAAAUCCGAUCCUUAAGCGAUCAUUAUUGUUAAACUUUUUUUUAUUCUAGAAGUGUCACGUGUUUAGACGACGCUGUGCCGCCCAGCUCUGUCGGUAUGAUCUCUCUUUUCAAUUGUGAUCACGUUGUUUCUCUUUUUCGCUGCUUUCGUAUUCGAAAUGAUUUUUUUUAUCGAUCUUAUGUGUAUAAAUGCACACACGCACACAUACAUGCACGCACAUACGUAUAUAUGUGACGAUUAUACGCGUGAAAAGUGUCCCUCGAGUGAAACGUAUGGUAAGGCAACUUUCUUUUUUGACUUUACACACACGCAUACACACACACACACACACACACACACACGUUCAUACAUACACGUGAUACGACUUGGGAAAUAUUAUUUAGAUCAUCGCUUUGUGUAUAUUAUUAUUUUUAUUAUGAAUUAUUUAUUUCUUUUGACACCGUUUGUUAAGUAGAAAAUACAAUAUAACAUUCUAUCGUACUCGUACGAAUAUUAUUAGAUUAUAACACUCAAUUGAGUUCCUUUUCGUUUGUUUCUUUGUUUGUUUGUUUUUUUUUUUCUUUUCUUUUUUUUUUUUUUUUCAUUCACACAUAGUAGAACCGAUUGAAUAUUAUACAUGAUAUAUUAUUAUUUCUGUCGCAAAACCCAUCUCCGAUGAUCGCACUGUAAAAAUAAGUCGAACGUAGGAUAUGAGAAAGUAAA